UAUUACUACCCGUUUGUUUGAAAAUAAGCACUUUAUUGAGUAAAGCCAUGGGACAUUCCUGGAACUUCAGUUUUAUCCUUGGGGAUUAGAUUUCAGCCUUUAUGAUUAUUUUAUAAAUCUGCUGCAAUUAAAUACAGUACGGUCACAUUUCAGACUGAAGACGCUGUGCCAUGUUUUGAAUUUAUUUUGAUAGUGAACGAUUUCGGUGAUGAGAUAAUACUUCAGAUUUUCUUUUUAAAUGAAAUGGGAGCCAAACUUACAACAGAAAACGGAACAAGAUACAUAUCAGCGACCCAAACGUUCGGCAGCAGUUGCAAGUAUGUUUGGCUACCGAAUGAAAUCAUUGGACGCGGGGCAUUUGGUGUCGUUUAUAAAGCCAGGAUUACAAUGCGGAACGAUUACAUCGGGAGCGAUGUUGUUGCCGUUAAUGCAAUUUACUUUGAUGCUCGAUCCGAUAUUGUUUCGAAUUCAGAAACCUGGAAGAAUACAGUCACAAAACUCAAACAACUGACCGAAUUGAGGCAAGAAAAUCUUGUGGCUUGUCAUCAAGUUCGAAUCACCACAGCGUAUCUAGGAACAACGGUGGAAAUAAUGAUGGAGCGUUGUAGCUGUGACCUCAGGUUUUUCUUAGAGGAAGCAAGGGAAACCAUCCCUGUCCACGAAGCCCACAAAAUCGUUGAGCGUUACUACAGAGAAAUAGCAACAGGCUUAAAUUACUUGCAUUAACAGAACAUAAUACACGGAGACCUAAAACCUGCAAACGUUCUAGUGAAAAACUUGGAUAACGGUAAUAAGAGAAUGUUAAUCGCUGAUGUCGAGGACUUAGUCCAUAUGCAGGAAAGUGUCACUAUGUCCAGGGACAUAUCUCUACUGCGCGGGACUGUACGGUACAUGUCACCAGAAAUGCUGAAAAAAUUUUUUCAACUUGAAACAGACAAUCCGGGUCGCAAAACCGAUGUAUGGAGUUUAGGUUGCAUAAUGAUGGAGAUCGCUGAACAUUUCUUUGGCAGCAAGACUGGGGAAAAGCUGCUUGAAAAGGAUGGAAACCAGAUUGCUUUAAAAGCCAAUGGGACAAACAGUCAAUUUGCUGAAUUGAUAUUGGAUGGUUAUGUGCCGCUUGCCUGCCCCAAAAUACCACAAACAUUGCCAGCUUGUGUCCGACUGUGCUUGCACAGAAGUCCAAACGAAAGAACAUCCGCUGAGAGAUUGUUCCUGAAAUUGCCAUCCGCUUGCAAUAACAACGUUGUUCUACUGACCAACAGUUCAAGUUCUACAAUUGUCAAAGCGAUAACCAUAGACACAGCAACAAACCGAAUUCGAGUUUUGGAUGUUCCCAUGCCAAUCAAGGGUGACAUUUUUUUCCCACAGUUAACGAUACCGAAUCAAGAAAUAAUAAUUCGAUUUGCUACGAAUGACAGCCGACAAAAAGUCCAUAUCUGGAAUACACAAGAAGGCAAUAUGCGUUCGCUUUGGUUUGACGAGACGAUAUACCUCCGUUCAUUUUUCCUUGAUCUUCAAAGAAAGCCCCCACUGUUGACUAGACCGGUCGUAGUUUUAGACAUAAUUUAUUAUUUCCGAUUUGACCAUAAUACGAGUAGAUGGCGGUUUCUGGCUCGGGAUAUUCGCACCGGGUACACCAAGUUUGACAGGACAACUGCCAUUGAAGGAAACAGUAUUUAUGCAAUCGCCGAAUUUCGAGGGAAGAUACGUAUUAUAUGCGCAUAGCAUAACAUGGGAGCCCCUCCAGCUGGACUUAUAUAAUACGAUGACGGAGAAAUGGAAAUCCUUAACGCAAUCUUCUGUACAACUACUUUCUCAUGGCCGCACCCAUUUUAGCAUGGUUGUCCUAGACGGAUACGUUUACAUUCUAGGCGGACUUGUCAAACCGCGUACAGAGGAAAAAACUCCAACUGCUUCUUGUAUUUUUUUAAACACAAGAACGUUCGCAUGGGAGUAUAUGCAUCCACUGCAACAACCGCGAGCUUCCCAUUCGGCUUGGGCUGUCAAAGAAAAGAUAUACGUCUGCGGCGGCAUGGAUUCUGAGGGCCUUGCUGUGUGUUCAGUUGAAGUUUAUGAUACCGCCCGGAACGAACCUUGGUCAACCGUCCAACUGCCAGUGGAAGACGAAGUUCUCAUGCGGCAACUAAUUACCGGAACCGAGCCUACAGACGUAGCAUUUGUUUAAUAGAAUUUGUCAAAUCGUAUAUUUGUGUUUCGAUUCUGCCCAAAUGCAUUCUGCGAUUGACGCGACAGCGCAUGAGGCGAAAACCGUUCCACUUUCUGCUACCGAAUACUUUUAUGGUAGCUAAUCGUUAAAUUUUUUAUGAAUUUAGUAAUAUUUAUUCUAUUAAUUUUAUGCAUUCCUUCACUUGAAAUUUCUAAUAACUGCAUUCUGAUUUUACUUGCAAAUUCUUUUUGUAAAGAUGCCGCGUACUGCCGUACGAUAAUGUUACUUGUCCGCUUAGCAAGCAUUCGCGAGUGCAGUGCC